AUGCUAAGAUCCGUCGUUACCAAACGUUCAUUUUCUAUCUCCGUCCCUUCAUGGGCUGCUAAGACAGUCCAACAUGAUGUUGUCAUUAUCGGUGGUGGUCCAGGUGGUUAUGUAGCCGCCAUUAAGGCUGCCCAAUUGGGCCUCAACACUGCUUGUGUCGAGAAGAGAGGAAAAUUGGGUGGUACGUGUCUUAAUGUCGGAUGUAUCCCAUCUAAGGCUCUAUUGAAUAAUUCAUUGAUGUAUCAUCAAAUGAAGACAGAUGUGAAGCAAAGAGGUAUUGAUGUGGAAGGUGAAGUAAAAUUAAACAUGGACCAAUUCCAAAAGGCCAAGGAUAAAGUUGUGGGUCAGUUGACUGGUGGCGUUGAGAUGCUUUUCAAAAAAUAUAAAGUCACUUAUUAUAAGGGUAAUGGUUCCUUUGAAGAUGAACAUACAGUGAAAGUGAGCCCUGUGGAAGGGUUAGCCGGAACCGUCGCUGAAGAGACCUUGUUGGACACUAAGAAUGUCAUUAUUGCUACAGGUUCUGAAGUGACUCCAUUCCCUGGUAUUAAAAUCGACGAGGAAAGAAUCGUUUCAUCUACGGGUGCUCUAUCCUUAAAGGAAAUUCCAAAGAGAAUGGCCAUUAUUGGUGGUGGUAUUAUUGGUUUGGAAAUGGGGUCUGUGUACAAUAGAAUUGGGUCAAAAGUUUCCGUUCUAGAAUAUCAAGGUCAAAUUGGUGCAUCCAUGGAUGGAGAAGUCGCCAAGUCUACUCAAAAAUUCUUGAAAAAGCAAGGAAUUGAUUUUAAAUUAAAUACUAAAGUUAUAUCGGCAGAAAGAAAUGGCGAUGUGGUUGAUAUUGUUGUUGAAGAUGUGAAGUCAGGUAAAAAGGAAAACAUUCAAGCUGAUGUUCUAUUAGUCGCCGUGGGUAGAAGGCCAUACUUAGAAGGUCUUAAUGCAGAAAAAUUAGGUCUUGAUGUGGAUAAGAAGGGUCGUCUUGUCAUCGAUGACUUAUUCAAUACUAAAUUCCCACAUAUCAAGGUGAUUGGUGAUGUUACAUUUGGUCCAAUGCUAGCUCACAAGGCUGAAGAUGAAGGGAUUGCCGCUGCUGAAAUUAUCAAGACUGGGCAUGGGCACGUAAAUUAUAAUAAUAUUCCAUCUGUUAUGUAUUCGCAUCCAGAAGUUGCCUGGGUUGGCCAAACUGAAGAACAACUAAAGGAUGCUGGCAUCAGUUAUAAGGUUGGUAAAUUCCCAUUUAUUGCCAACUCAAGGGCCAAGACUAAUUUGGAUACUGAAGGUUUCGUUAAGAUUCUUAUUGAUGCUGAAACUGAGCGUUUGUUAGGUGCUCAUAUCAUUGGUCCAAAUGCUGGUGAAAUGAUAGCUGAAGCUGGUCUAGCCUUAGAGUAUGGGGCAUCCGCUGAAGAUAUUGCCAGAGUAUGUCAUGCUCAUCCAACUUUAUCAGAAGCUUUCAAAGAAGCAAAUUUGGCUGCAUAUUCCCAACCAAUUAAUUUCUAA